CGAGGCAGCUCAGCUGACGAUUCAAUCGAUGCAGCUAGCUAGCGUAGCGGAUAGCAAAUUAGCCAGUAGGGCGCUAGCUAGCGGUUAGCUGUAGUAGUAACGCUAGGCUCGUAAAAUCAUAUUUUUGUUGUUUCCGCAGUAAUUUUAAAUGUCCUCGGCGUAGCUGGCAUAUUGUUGAUAAAAGACUGCAGCGUAAGAAAGCGAGGGUGGAGGUUUCGAGGCCGUGUUGUUGUGGUUGAGUUGACUCUGCAGAGGAAGAUGAGCAAUGGAAUGAUAGAGUCAGUAUCAAAAGCAUUUUUGGCCCACACCUCAGCCACUAAACAGUCCUUCUUAUUGCUGCUGGGUUUGACUGUUGUGUCCACUGGGCAAGGAUCAGGAUGUGUGAGGCCAUAUAUGGUCCAGAACAGCUGGGUAAACCUCACAGAAACCAACAGGGGCUCGUUCCCCGUGGGCACCGUACUGCAGUACAGCUGUGACCCUGGUUACCUGCCAGACGGACCCAGCAUCCUCACCUGCACCACACUGGGACGCUGGUCCUCUGAACCUCCUCAGUGUAUACGCAGUGGUGCAUGUUUACCCCUCACCAAGCCCGAGAACGGGGGCUACUCCUGCCACCCAUCCCCCUGUCGAUUGUUUUCCCAUGGCACUGUGAUCGAGUUCUUCUGUGAUGAGGGCUUUGUUCUCACUGGAGACUAUAAGUACCUAACCUGUCAGGAUGGGCAGUGGGACGGCCCCAUGCAGAUCAGUUGUGUAAGCCAAGGUUGUAUGAGGCCCUCCAUGGUGCAGCAUGGCUCAACUAAUCUGACGGACACCAACAGGAGCUUGUCUGUGGGCACAGUACUGCAGUACAGCUGUGAUCCUGGUUACCUGCCAGCCGGACCCAGCAUCCUCACCUGCACCACACUGGGACACUGGUCCUCUGAACCUCCUCAGUGUAUACGCAGUGGUGCAUGUUUACCCCUCACCAAGCCCGAGAACGGGGGCUACUCCUGCCACCCAUCCCCCUGUCGAUUGUUUUCCCAUGGCACUGUGAUCGAGUUCUUCUGUGAUGAGGGCUUUGUUCUCACUGGAGACUAUAAGUACCUAACCUGUCAGGAUGGGCAGUGGGACGGCCCCAUGCAGAUCAGUUGUGUAAGCCAAGGUUGUAUGAGGCCCUCCAUGGUGCAGCAUGGCUCAACUAAUCUGACGGACACCAACAGGAGCUUGUUCCCUGUGGGUACAGUACUGCAGUACAGCUGUGAUCCUGGUUACCUGCCAGCCGGACCCAGCAUCCUCAUCUGCACCACACUGGGACACUGGUCCUCUGAACCUCCUCACUGUAUACGCAGUGACGUAUGCCAACCUCCAUAUCAGCCAGAGAAUGGGGGCUACACCUGCCACCCCUCCCCAUGCGGAAGACUUUCUCAUGGCACCAUGAUUCAAUAUUUCUGUGAUGAAGGUUAUGUUCUGAGGGGAGACUAUAAAUUCCGUACAUGUCAGUAUGGGAAAUGGGACAGCCUAGUGUCAAUCAGCUGCCUCAUGGAGCAAGGUUGUGUAAGGCCCUCCAUGGUGCAGCAUGGCUCAACUAAUCUGACGGAUACCAACAGCAGCUUGUUCCCUAUGGGCACUGUACUGCAGUACAGCUGUGACCCUGCUUACUUGCUAGAUGGACCCAGCAUCCUCACCUGCAACGCACAAGGACACUGGUCCUCUGAACCUCCUCGCUGUAUACGCAGUGAAGUAUGCCAGCCUCCAUAUGAGCCAGAGAACGGGGGCUACACCUGCCACCCUUCCCCAUGCCAAAGACUCUCUCAUGGCACUGUGAUUGAAUAUUUCUGUAACGAAGGUUAUAUUCUGAAGGGAGACUAUAAAUACCUUACCUGUCAAUAUGGGGAAUGGGACGGCCAAAUGAAACUAAGCUGCCUCAUGGAGCAAGACCGUGAUCCGACUUUACCACUGGGGAUGCCCGCCUUGUCCAUAGUGGCAUCCACAGCUAGCUCAGUGGCGCUCAUCCUGCUCCUCGUGGUGCUGUUUGUACUUCUACAGCCAAAACUCAAGUCCCUCCAUCGACGUGAUCAGGGUGUGUCUGGACAGCCCGUGUCCAUCCUGGUGGAAGGAGUCCAGGUGACUCUGCCCUCAUAUGAGGAGGCUGUGAGUGGUGGUGGAGCCUCAGCUUCAGCUCUCAGCUCCGAGUCUCGAGUCCAGAUAGUGCUGUCUGAAGGUCAGCAUGCCACAGUGCCAGAGGCUGGCCCCUCUAGACCUUCGUCCCUCAAACAGCACCAGUCAGAGAUGGCUGUGGUCCACCCUGUACCGCCGUCCACAUCCUCCUCAUCACCCUCACCCUCAUCCUCUACCUGGGUUCUGGAGCAUGCAGGUGCCACAUCUCCUUCAUCCUCACAAAGAAGGCCGUCUGCAGGCAGCGACCAGCACAGCCGGUUUCUGGACUCUGAGAUGGACUACUCUGAUGAUAUACCAUUGCUGAAGGAGGCCUGAAACAUGCUGCAGCCUUUGGACUUACCCGAGACAACCAGAGUUGGUACUGACCUGUACUGGUGAGUGGGAUGCCUCUUGAGAGUUUGUCAGCACAGCUGUCAACACAGACCACCCCGGCUAAAGAGGCUCUGAGUGAAGCUGUGGAUCACUCAGAACAGUUCCUCUGACCAUCCCAAGGGAGAACAGAGAAGGGAUUCACGUGUACAUACAUGCUUACAUUUUUUAUAGGAAUUCCUACACUACAUAUGUAUUUCUAAUGUCUGAAGCGCAGUUUGAAAAUGUAGAACAAAAUCAUAAAGGAACAGGCACCUCUGUGUCUUUAAAGGCUGUUGAAAAACAUGACUGUAUUUCAGAUGAAUGGGCAAAGCGGCAAACUCCGUUUGGGAGCUAAUAAUCCCAUCAGUGUCUUGUUUACUGUUAUUUUUCUUUAACCACAUAUCAUAUUACACCAUUUAAGACACAUUGGAAAAGAUGCAUGAAGGCCAGGCAAUCUAGAUUGUUGUUUAAGUCAUGUACACUCACAGCAUUGUCUUUUUGCGAUUAUAUGUCAUUAUUUAAGGUGUUAUUAAUCAUGACUCACACCAUUCCACAUGUCAUUGUACAGUAUAAGGCUGCUUGUCCACCCAAGAGAUCGCUUUGCUGCAUUAUUCUUUGGAUUGAGGGCAAACACUUCAAGUGAUUUAUUUUCUUUGGGCCUGCAUUCAACACAUUUCAUCCCUAAAAAGAGUUGCAUCUCGAAAUGUAUUCUCUUCUUCAAAACCUUUCCCCCAAUGGCCUUAGCUUUCCACUUCUAUGCACAGGUAUCUACAAUAUGUAAAAUAUGAAAUUUUAAAAAUGAAUGUCAGUUAAAUGCCUCCACUGCUUAGUGAUAUUAUAUGUGGCUUUGUCAGACACAUCACUUGUAUACCGGAAAAUAUUAUCUUAUUAAUUUAUUCAGGCUGCUUGGAACCUCCUGUUUUAAGACAGGAAACUAAAAAAGUGUAUUUUAUUUAUUUGUGUCUAGAACGCUGUUGAUCAGCCAUGGCUUAUUUUAAUGCUUCCAUAGCCCCUGGAAACUAAAAAAAAAAGGUCUUUUCAUUUUGCUGCUUCAGUUUUAAUUCUACUGCAGGCACGUUAUAUGUGAUACUGUAACAGUGGCUUGGAAGAUCCAACACAAAAAAAGAGUAAAUGUAUAGCUUAGUGUAAUGUCAGUGUUCACUUUGUUUGACUGUCCAUUGAGUUUACUUCUGGACUGAGGAAUGGAAUUUUUUUUUUUUUUUUUUUUCCUUGUGAAGAUGGUAUUUUAAUAUAUGUAAAAAGUUUUAAGUUAAGUUUCCUCUGUAUAUACCA